GUUACUUCCUUUAUUUUCUUCACUGGCAAAGAAACACUUGUAGCAGCAGCAUCAGUAGAGUAGGUUACAUCACUGACUAUAUAUAUACCAAAGUUUUACAGCAGCAGAGUGACUGAUAUACACAGCACAGUAACCAGUAAGGGAAGUGAAGUGCAGCUACGGUUUAAUUGUCCCAAAAUGUCUGCAGAUAUUUAUGCCAAACCAGAUGUGUCAAAGAAGGUGAGAUACAACAGAAAUGUGCAGGAAGACAAAGAAGAGAGGGAGGAGAAGGAGGUGGAAAUAUACGAGAGUGUAGACGCUAUCGGGGAUUAUCACUCUGAUAAUCAGUCACACGGAGGAGGACCACACACUGAGAGGCAUCCUCCAGCCGUCCAAAGGAGGCCUUUCAGGGAUGCAGCACUCUGUCUGGCUGUGCUCUGCUUUCUGAUGAUAACUGGAAUCAUCAUCCUUUCUACAUACUAUAAUCUAGUCGCUUUGGAGACAGACCAGCUGCAGACCAGAUACGACCAACUGAGCAGCAACUACAGCCAGAUCCAGAGGAAAGUUUCUGAGAAGCUGUGUCCUGACGGAUGGAAGAGAUCUGGAUGCAGUUGUUACUUUAAAUCUGAUGAGACGGAGACUUGGUUUAGAAGCAGAGAUGACUGUCAGCAGAGAGGAGCAGAUCUGGUCGUCAUAAACAGCAAAGAGGAACAGAAGUUUGUCACUGAGCUGAGUAAGGAUGGAGAGUCCUGGACUGGUCUAUGGGAUGGACUGAGACAAAGAGAAAUGAAACCGAGACAAGGAGACUGGAAAUGGGUCGACGGAUCACCGCUGACAGAAACGUUCUGGGCAUCAGGACUGCCUCAAGAUAACAGGUACAUGAUCGCUGCAACAUGCUGCGAUCAACAAGGAAAAUGGACACAAGGAAUAUGUAAUUAUGAAACUAAGAAGUGGAUCUGUGAGAAAAAGAUUCUCUGAACUCUGUGAUGACAGAGGGGUGUGUAGUGUUGGGAUCAUCUUUGUAAAAUCAGACUAAUUUACAUUUUGCUCUGUAGUUUAUUCUGUGUUUCUAAAUAACCUGGAUCACAUAGAUAUCGGCCGUCGUUCGAGCGACUCGCUCCUUUGUAUUCUGAAUGAUUCUGAAUGUCAGAUUCUACGCUUACGAGAAUAC